AUGGCAACCACCAGAAAUGUGAUGAGAGCUGUCAGAGUUUUUGGAUUUGGUGGCCCAGAAGUGCUUAAACUCCAGUCAGAUGUCUUAGUUCCCAAUCCAGAAGAAAAUCAGGUGUUAAUUAAAGUCCAUGCCUGUGGGGUAAAUCCUGUUGAGACAUAUAUUCGUUCUGGAAGUUACGCCAGGAAACCAGCGUUACCCUAUACUCCUGGCUCCGAUGUGGCUGGUGUAGUAGAAAGCGUUGGGGAACGUGUGACUGCGUUCAAGAAAGGUGACAGGGUUUUUACCAUUGGUACGGUCUCUGGAGGAUACGCAGAUUAUGCAGUUGCUGCAGCUAAUAGAGUCUUCCCUUUGUCGGAUGCAUUGGACUUCAGGCAGGGAGCAGCGAUUGGAAUACCCUACUUCACUGCUUACCGUGCUCUUUUCCAAAAAGGGCGUGCCAAAGCAGGGGAAAGUGUGCUAGUGCAUGGUGCCAGUGGGGGGGUGGGAAUAGCAACAUGUCAGAUUGCCAGAGCGUGUGGUUUAAAGGUUUUGGGUACAGCAGGAACUGAGGAAGGCAUGAACAUAGUUCUGAGAAAUGGUUGUCACCAAGCAUUUAAUCACAGAGAAGCUAAUUACAUUGAUAAAAUCAAGGAAUAUACAGGGAUGGAAGGAGUUGAUAUCAUCAUAGAAAUGCUCUCUAACAUCAAUCUUGCUACUGACUUGCAACUGUUGUCCUGUGCAGGAAGGGUGAUGGUUGUGGGCUGCAGAGGUCCUAUUGAGAUAAACCCAAGAGACACUAUGAAUAAAGAAUCCAGCAUAAUAGGAGUUAGUCUGUUUCUUGCAACUGAGGAGGAGAUGCAUGAAUGUGCGACAGCGAUCCGUGAUGGCAUAGAGGCUGGCUGGCUGAAACCAGUUGUAGGCUCUGAAUAUCCCCUGGAGAAAGUAGUUCAGGCUCAUGAAGACAUUAUUCAUAGCAGUGGUGCUCGAGGAAAGAUGGUGCUCCUUCUAUAA